AUGGUUCGAGGUCAUAAUUUAUCCAUUGACACGGUUGCCGCUUCACGUGCGCAAAAAGUUACAUCGAACGAGAAUCAUUCAAGCUUCGAUGAUGAUGACUAUCUGACUUCUUCACCUUCAACUAUUGAAGAAGAAAUUGACUUUAGUCUAGUCUAUGCCUUACAUACCUUUCAUGCAACGGUCGAAGGUCAAGCUAACGUUGUGAAAGGAGAUUCAUUAAGUUUGUUGGAUGACUCAAAUAGUUAUUGGUGGCUAGUUAAAGUUUUACCGACUGAUGAAAUUGGAUAUAUACCUGCUGAAAAUAUUGAA